AAUGAACGUAGGGUGACUAAAUGUUGCGGUAUCUGGCAGACGGUAUAUUUUGAAAUUGUGUAAAUGCAUGUUACUUUUUAUUUAAACUUUUAAUUCUAGUAAAACUGUUUACGUAUCUGAAUUUUCAUAGUGUAAGAUUAUGGAAAUGUGGCUUUUUACUUCGCAUAUUUUACCCCGAAGUGUUUAAAACCGUAGUUUUGUUUUAAUCAUGUAUCAGAGAACAGUAUUUAAGUAAAUAUAUAAUGAGCUUUGGAAGUCUUUUGUGACUAAGCCCGUUUUAACUUCAAAUAACCGGAUUUCAAAGUUUUUGCAUAUUCAAAGGUCCUAACAUCAACAUGCCUUCAGUGCAAUAUCAGCAGAAUUCAGAAGAACUGCAAGAACAUGAUGAUAUUCCAAACCAUCAAAAUGAUGUAAGAAGUAUCACCAAUCCUCGCUCUUCUACAUUGUCUACUUUUUCAACAUAUGUACAUGCUCUCAGGCCUUGGUCUUUUAGUGCAUCACUUACUCCAGUUGCUAUUGGAGCAGCUCUUGCAUACAAAAGCACAGGACAAUUUGACACUUCCAUAUUCCUUAUAACUUGUUUAACUGCUGUGUCUGUUCAUGCAGCUGGGAAUGUUGUGAAUACUUACUUUGAUUAUAUGAAAGGAAUAGACAGUCGUAGAAGCGAUGAUCGAACACUUGUCGACGAGAUUUUAACUCCUGAUGAAAUUGUGAAUUUAGGAGUUGUAUUGUAUACUCUAGGCUGUGUUGGAUUUAUUGGUACUGUGUUGUUAUCAAGUGCCAAAAUGGAACACCUUGCUCUUGUGUAUUUUGGAGGUUUAUCAAGUUCAUUCCUGUAUACUGGUGGUAUAGGAUUGAAAUACAUCGCUAUGGGUGAUGUUCUGAUCAUUGUAACAUUUGGUCCACUAAGCGUUCUAUUUUCAUUUAUGGCACAAACUGGAUAUAUGGAUUUUUACACGUUAUUCUAUGCUAUGCCUCUUGCAUUGAAUACAGAGGCUAUUUUACACAGCAACAAUACUCGUGACAUGGAAAGUGAUCACAGAGUUGGUGUUGUUACACUUGCCAUAUUGUUUGGUUAUGCUGGUUCUCACAUUCUGUAUGCUCUUCUUUUAUUUACACCAUAUAUUUUAUUUACAAUUCUUGGUUUACAUUUCAGUUUUUGUUUUUUCCUUCCUCUCAUCACUCUUCCAACUGCAUUUAAAUUGGAAAAAAUGUUUAGAGAUCGAACGCUACAGAGAGUACCAAAGGAAACAGCAAAACUUAAUCUAUAUUUUGGUUUACUUUAUUUUAUAGCAUGUCUUAUGGUUGAGAAAGAUAAGUUUCCUUACUUACAUGUGAAUUAAAGUUAAAUAGCAUUUUUGGGCAUUUGCUAAAUGGAUGAUUUUUCUAAGUGUAUAACAGCAGUUUUUUAUCUUAUUUAUUUGCAUAAAGGUUAUCACUGUGGUAUGAUAAGUGAAAUAUCAGUGGAGUGAAAUUCGUUGUUAAAGUGUUCCCAUUCAAGUGUUUGUGAAAUGCAUUUUCCUGGUGCACAUUUUCAUACAACAAAACAUCUGUUGAAGUUUUGUCAGCAUUAUAUAUAUUUAUUUUCAGUUUAUAGUGUGUAAAUGUCUUAAUUUAUAACUUUUUUGUGCUCUUGUGUAAGUUAAUUUAUUGAAGUUGAACCUUUUAUAACUGCAUUUAAGCUUAUAGACUAUUUAAAAUGAUUGCAACUUGUCAGAAAAUUCCCCCAUCUUCCAGAUUUUAAGCCCAAAAUAAGUGAUCAGAAUGAAUGUGUUACUUUUUGUAGAUUAUCUGAUAUUUUUAUAUUCACUGACAUUCACCUCAAAAAUUUUAUCUGGUUGUAAAUGAUAGAUGAAUUAAAAAACAUUACUGGAAUUUUCUAUUUUGUAAUAAUUAAUUCGUCAGUUUACACUAAUGUAUAAUAUAUAAUAAAAUUACAUACUUCUGUUGUACACUAUUUUCAUUUACUGAAUAUACUUGCAAUGGUACUUUAAAAGUUCAAUGCAAAAUUCAUUCAUAUCAAUUCAUUAUAUGCUGAUUUUUGUAGAUUCUUGACCAUUAUGAAAGAUUUAGAUAUAUGCUUACAAUAUCAUAUUUAUAUAAUGUAAAAAAUGAGUCAGUGGAACAUUAUUUGUAAAUUUGCAUACAUUGUAUCAAAAGUGAAUUUGGUACCAUAAAAACUUAAGCCAUAACUCAUAUUUUAUUGUAAUAAUAAAUUUAUUUUAUCCACACCCCUGCACAAUUAAAUUAAGUGGAACUUUUUACAUAUUCUUGAAACUUCCUUCAGAUUGAAUGUAACAAAUUUCAGUAGUGACUAAAGCCAGGAAUAAGAAUAAAUAAUUCAAGUGAUAUACUGUCUCGUACAUUCAUAUUUUUUAAGCCUAAAUUUUACGUUUUUAGAUUUGCAUUGUAGAUCUUAGUAUUUAGGGCCCUAUAAAGCAUAUUUUAAUUUAUGCUGUGGGAGCAGUCAAAUAAUGAUAAUUAUGAUGCUUAUUGGAAAUUAGAUAAAUGUAAUUAUUGAAUUAAUUCUAAAUGUUGGAAACUAAACGUUUGAUAUCUGAGAAUAUGUAGUAAAAUGCAUUAUUUUCUCUGAGAUUUUUUAGAAAAAUAUGAUAUGAAACUUUGUAUGAAUGCAAGCAUUACUUGGCUGCGCAUGUAUGUUAAAAAAUUGCAUUAAAUGGGGAUGGGAAACUGUUCUGUUAAACAGUUUUAGAUUAUACUGCUGAAUGUUAAAAAAUUAUUAAUCAUUUGUAACUACAGUGUAACAUGUCAUACGUGAUUGUACUUUUUUGUAUAAUAAAAAGGCUGUAUUUCAUAAAAGCAUA